AUGGGGAACUGUCUGCCCGUUUUCGGGCGCUCCAGAAGUGAUGAGGCUCCAAUAACACGACAAAACCGCGGUCUGCAAGGUUUCGACAAUCCGGUGGCCUCCCUUCCUCAAAGUAGCGCCUACGUCAACCAGCUCUACAACGACAAUCAAAUGCGAGCGCAACGUGCCGCCGAGCAGCAGGCUAAAGGCGCCGCCGCAGCAAAACGACGAAUCGACGGGCUGCUCGAGCAGAUCCCGGCCGACAUGUUUACGGAGGAUAUGAAGGACGCGGAAUGUGCAAUCUGCAUGGUGGACUUCGAGCCGGGCGACGGGAUCCGAUAUCUGCCCUGCAUGCACUGCUUCCACCAGCAAUGCGUCGACGAUUGGCUACAACGCUCGUUCACCUGCCCGUCCUGCUUGGCCCCGGUCGACUCGACGCUGCUCUCGUCGCUGACGGCUCACACGUCGCUCAGCCUCGCCGAUCUGGCCACGUCUCCGGCCACCGUAACCCUGAAUACCGUCCCGAAGGCCGUUCACGAC